CGACGCCGCCGCCGCCGCCGCCGAUUGUCCCGGAGCGAGCCCGGCCGGGCGCGCCGAGCCCAGUCACCCAGCAACCGGCGCCCGCGCGGAAGUCCCGCCCCCGCCGUCCGGGGCAGGGCGGAAAACAACCCGAGCAGCCAAUGGCGGGCAGCCGCGGCCCGGAAGCGGUGCGCGAGAGGGCGGCGGCGCGGCGCGGCGGGCGAAAUGGCGGAUAAAGAGAAGAAGAAGAAAGAAAGUAUCUUGGAUCUCUCAAAGUACAUAGACAAAACAAUUCGAGUAAAGUUUCAAGGUGGUAGGGAAGCUAGUGGAGUCUUGAAAGGAUUUGACCCUCUUCUAAAUCUUGUACUUGAUGGUACUAUUGAAUAUAUGAGAGAUCCAGAUGACCAGUAUAAACUUACAGAGGACACCCGCCAGCUGGGACUUGUGGUGUGCAGAGGAACAUCUGUAGUUCUUAUUUGUCCACAGGAUGGAAUGGAAGCUAUUCCAAACCCUUUCAUUCAGCAGCAAGAUGGCUAAUGCUUCUUGGUAUUCUCACUGAAGCCUCCAGGCUGCAAGUCACUGGUGCAACAACCAAUAAUAUAUGCAAAAUCUCCUUUCUUGGGAAGAAUUAAAAUUUUAUUUUCAUUUUAUAGAUGGCAGAGUGACUUUGACCCUUUAGUUUUACAAGUUGCCACAGGUAACAGCAGCAAUACACUGAGUCAUCUGCAAAACAAGUUUGAAUUUGGUUCAAUAAAGAUUUUUAAUUACUGUUCUCCAAUCAAUGUUGAAAGUAAAGUAUUAACAAACUGUACAUGGAUGCUCCCCAUAUUGUGGAUUUAAAGUGACUACGUUAAGACUUCACAGUGGUAGCCGCCAGCAGAAGUACACAGAAGACCGAGUAUGAAACUUUGAAACAAUAAACAUGAUUUUUUUUAUUAUUGCA